GUUUGACCGACGACGACGGGCGGAUGAAUCAACAUAGCGCGACUGAUCGUAGAAAGGAAACAAGUGGUUCCUGUUCGUGCCGAAAAGUUGUUGCUUCUCAGUGGGUGAUUGUGGGUGGUUGUGUCAUGUGUGUACAGGUGCGAUAGAUCGGCGUUGUUAUUGUUGUCACUGUUGUUAUUCUUUUCUAUUAAAAGUUGAAAAGUUUCAUGGUGAUUAAUUUCCAAGGGAAGAGGGUUUGGGAAAUUUGUGACGGCGCAGGUUGAUGGGUUGUGAUCGUACGUUCGAACUGCCGCUAGUGGUGGAGUGCCUGUUGCGAGAACACAACAAGCGGUUCUUGUGAAAUGUGAUAUUUUCGUCGAUUUUUGUGUUUAUACUUGCUUGUCCAAUUACCGAUGCUAAGAGAAAGAAGAGGACGAGACCCGUGGCGGCAUUAGUUGGACACACUCUCUUUUUUAAUGACGAUCGUUAUGCGGAAGACGCAAAAUUAUUAGCCUUGCGGUGUGUUACUUGCACCGGGCGAAGAAGACCGCAAACACUCAUCGCUCCGAGCCAAGAGUUUCGAGGUUUGAUGAAGUCCGUAUUUUUAGAUUGAUUGUGUUGCCGGAGUUAAUUCAUUCAAUACGGUAGGGAAUAGUUUAUGACGAAUGCAAAGGUGAAGUAGUGUGUACAUUUAAUUUUGCCGUUCACCUGGUAGGCGGUGAAAUUUUGAAAUGGUGUAACGUCUAAAACAAAAGCUAUUAAAGUGGUGCGUAUGGUGUUGUUUGUGGAGUCGCACGGUUCUUCGUUAGUUGUGCAAACGUAGCCCGUGAGCUGAAAGUGCCCCAACCGCGAUGGACAGGACUUGUUAUGGAAAGUGGGAUCCUGGAGCACGGCAGCCAUAUCGGUGUACACUACGCGAACGAGGAAUAGCGCCUGGAUAUGCUUUACUAGCUGAUCUCCAGAAUACAGUGCCAGGACAUAAUCAACAUGUUGGUGGUGGAGGUGGUAGUGGCGCAUCCUCCGUUCCUGGCUACGGCAGCUUGAACGGAGUCAGAAAUAAACAAACUCCGAGUCCGCAAAUGUACCAGAACACGACUAAAACUGUUACUGAAACACGUACCGCCAGCGCCAAUGGGUACAACGGUUCUCUGCCACGGUCGACUACGGCGCAUCACAGCAACAACAAUUCAUUGCCAAGAUCUGGCACGCCUCAGAAAUUGCAAGCAUCCACUUCCGGAAAUCUGUCCGAGCUGGAUUCCUUGCUACAAGAUUUGAGUAGUGCCCGAUAUGGAAAUAUUGUGGAAAAACAAACCGCCAACAAUGGGACGAUUAGUCCAUCACCAUAUGCCACCAUCAACGAUACAAUCAAGCGUCCUUCGGUAGACAGUCUGCUAGAUGAGCUCAGCAAUGCCAAUGCUAAUCCGAUUUAUGCCGUACCGUACGGCAAUCAAUCGCCAAAUCCGCAGCCGCAUCCCGGUCGGCAGGUUACGAUCACAGUGCGGGAGACUACUACUGAAAAGUUAACUGGGACGCCUAGUGCCAACUAUCAGGAUCAAAUGUAUCAACAGCAGCUAACCCAGAAUGAGCAGGCGAACCACACCUCGUCGGCCACCAAGGAACUCGAUGACCUCAUGGCUUCGCUAUCUGAUUUCAAGAUCUCCGCCGGAUCCCACCAGCUCCAGGCGGUAACGGAUUACGCGAAACCAAACCAGGGCACAGCGCACUAUCAGAGCACUCUGACCACGGUGACCACGACCGAACAGUUGCCCCCCGCAAACGAUCAGUUGGAUUCUAUGUUAGGAAAUCUGCAAGCCGACAUGAGUCGCCAGGGAGUCAAUACGACCCAGAAGGGCUGCUGUAAUGCGUGCGACAAACCGAUCGUCGGUCAGGUUAUCACGGCUCUCGGCAAAACGUGGCAUCCGGAGCACUUCACCUGCAAUCACUGCAGUCAGGAGCUGGGAACGCGAAACUUUUUCGAACGCGACGGAAAUCCGUACUGCGAGGCGGACUAUCACAAUCUGUUCAGCCCUCGUUGCGCCUAUUGCAACGGACCAAUUUUGGAUAAAUGCGUAACGGCCUUGGAGAAAACUUGGCACACGGAGCACUUUUUCUGUGCCCAGUGCGGACAGCAGUUUGGCGAGGAUGGAUUCCACGAGCGCGAUGGUAAGCCGUACUGCCGCAACGAUUACUUCGACAUGUUCGCGCCGAAGUGCAACGGAUGCAACCGGGCCAUCAUGGAGAACUACAUUUCCGCGCUGAACAGCCAGUGGCAUCCGGAUUGUUUCGUGUGCAGGGACUGCCGCCAGCCGUUCUUCGGUGGAUCCUUCUUCGACCACGAGGGCCUGCCCUACUGCGAGACGCACUAUCACGCCAAACGGGGCUCGCUGUGCGCUGGUUGCUCGAAACCCAUCACCGGUCGGUGCAUCACGGCCAUGUUCAAGAAAUUCCACCCGGAGCAUUUCGUGUGUGCCUUCUGUCUGAAGCAGCUGAACAAGGGCACCUUCAAGGAGCAGAACGAUAAACCCUACUGUCACCAGUGUUUCGACAAACUGUUCGGAUAAACGGUUCGGGUGGUAGUGGAUUUGGAGUCAUUUUAUCUUCGUCGUGUUUUUGUUUUCCCUCCCCCUUUUAUUUCCCCAUGCGGUUAGAUCUGUGCGAGUAUUUUUGAUUUUCGAAUCGACUGUUUAAUUUCGGGUUAACUUAGUAGUAUGUAAUUUCUGUUCGAAUUUUGAUUGAAAUAUUUACUUAACGAUAGUAAUAUAAACAACUGUGCGGGAGGCGUAUGGUGAAACGCUUGUCUAGUUAUAUAAAUAUUUUGUUGUUCUUUUUCUGCGCAAAACUGAAUGCAAACAAGUUGUACACAAAGUGGUAACUUUGCUGUCAGAGUCGAGAAACUGGCAAAUUAUUUUCAUUGUGCAACUGACACCACAGACACACACAAUGUUAACCUAUAGAGUAUUUAACAGUUUUAAACGUGUAAGCAAUUAACGAAUAAACUGUGGAAAUAAUAUAGCAAAGUAUGGCGUCAUUGUAAUGAAUCUUGAAAACAAGUCAAUCUGUAUUAAAACCCGUUUCCAGCAACUAAAAUAGUAACCAUAGCAAAUAUAUCAAUCCAGGUUGUGGAUUAAUUCAGUGUAUUCGAAGUUGAUAGUGCACAUAAUUUAGUAAACGAUACGACGAAACAUGUUCAAAACUGUAGAAUUGAUGGUUCAAAAUUCUGAAUUAUUUUUAUUCCCAAACAAAGUUGGGGAGUAUAAUUUGCACAAAAUCGUUGGUGUGCCAUUUUGUUUCAUAUAUAUCAUUCUGACAGAAUCCAGCCGAUUGCAUAGAAAUAACUGCUGCCGUUACAUAGAAAAUAAAAUGUCAUAAAAAGCAGUUAUAUUGGUUCCCUAACAUUUAAUAAAGGCAGUUAAAUAAUAAUGCUUCUGCAAUCUUCACACGUAAAUAAAGAAA